AUGACGACACCGCGUGGUGGGAGAGGCGGCGGAGGCGAUCGAGGGCGUGGCGCACGAGGCCUUUAUACCCCGAAUACGAAUCGUGGACGCGGAAAGAACAGCGCGCAGAGCGAUGACGAGCGACCGUCGCAAGGCCUCUACACGCGUGGACAGGGACGACAGCAAGGCGGUGGUGGGAGAGGUGGUCCAAAUGGCAAUAGCGGUCUGAACGCGCGCGGCCAUUUCAAUAACUCCAAGACAACCGCACCGACUUUCGCACCCCACGAAUAUCAGAAGCGCCUCCAACAUAUCAAAGCGGAGCGACCCAGGAUCCGCGAGCAAUUCAUCAGAAAUGGCCUGAUGAACCCAGAGGGUCAAAUGCGCCUGAGCGACUCGGUCAAGCUCUACGGCAUAUGUGAAGAAAUGUGUCCGGAAUACGAGCGUGUGCGUCGCAUUGUUGAGCUUGAUGUCAAGGCGCCAGAAUGCACGCCCGAGACGCAACACCUCCCCAGCCGUAGUCAGCGCGUACCAGACGAGUCGCGAAUGGUCAAGGCAUAUGCGCGCUCUGCAGCCGGCAUGGACGUGGAAUUGGUCUCGGAAAUCCGCUCACCAGCCACUUGCCUGAAAACGCUCAAGUAUCUUUUUGCACGCCUAGACGAAGAUGAUUUCGAGUUCCUCCACUCGUGGCUUUGGGACCGAACACGAGCCGUCCGAAAAGACCUACGCACGCAACGCAUCGAGAACAAGUCUGAUAUCGCCAUUCUCCUCACGUCUCUGGAGUACAGCGCCCGCUUUUACAUGUUGUCGGCUCACCACAUGGCUCGGAGCACAAAGGACGACUACUCCCACCAACAGGAUGUUGAGCAAUUGAACCAGACUUUGAUUUCGCUAAAGGAGCGAUAUGGCGACAACCGGCGAGCGGGCAUUGUAUCAGACAAUGAAGCGGAGUUUUGGGCGUACCGCUUGAUCCUGGCACCCAUAUAUGCCAACACACAACUCGAGAAUGAAUUACAUCGCCUGCCCAGCGACCUACGAAACAAUCCGCGGGUCAAGACUGCCUUGGAGAUAUUCCGCGUACUCAAGACAAUCAUCAUCCAUCGAGGCUACGACAACUUUGUUCAGUGUCAGUCCAACUGGAAGGUAUUCUGGGAUCUGAUCAAGUCACCGAGAGUCUCGUACCUGAUGGCAUGCGCAGCUGCCAUAUGCUUCAACAGAGUGCGCCACGUCGUGCUCGACUCCGUCUGGCGCGCCUAUCGAGUCGGCCAGUACAGACAUCAAGUCAGCGUCGAGGAGUGGACGACUGGCAAACUGAGAGAAGCACUGGGCAUGGAUACCGACUCGGAGGCGGUGGAUUUUUGUGAAGCCCAUGGUUUCGUAUUCGAGGUAAACGAAGCAGGGCAGACCUUUUUGGAUAUCAAACAAAAGAGUUACGAACGGAAGGCUGUGGUUCUACCCAAAGCCGAUGUCAAACCCCAGUUCUUCUCCGCGUCGAUUGUUGAGGCUAAACGUCACGGCCGGCCACUUUCAGCUGUUGUUGCAGGCUUAACAAUUCAGGAAGCCAAAAAGGGCAAUUUCUCCUUCCAUGACAUGUCAGGACAGCAUGCUGGUCAAAUGGAAGAUCAAACUUCAUUGUUUGUUCCCGAGAAACCCAACAUUUUCAGCCAACAAUCAAACGGCCCAAAACCAUCAGCUGGUGGGUUCGGCCUGAACCCGACAGCGUCUCCAUUCAAAUCCAACGACACUCCUACAGGGAGCCCCAAUCCUUUUACAAAGGCUCUUCAGUCAGGAUUGUUUGACCCUUCCAAAAAUCCCAUCAAAUUCGCGCCGUCAGCUGAUACAAAUGGGAGCCCACAGCCUAAUCCGUUUCUUCAACAGAGUCCUUCGCCCUUCCAGUCUACCCCGCCUACGCCAUCAACAAAUCCUUUUUUGAAAAACAAUACCACUCAACUCCAGCCUGCAACCUCUGUGUCUUCAGGCAAUCCAUUUCUAUCUGGGGGAUUCACAGCUGCACAGCCAAUGCCACAAUCACAAGAUUCGUCUUCAAACCCGGAGCUACCUGCGCCAGUUGAGAUAGCAAAGCCAGCACCUGCAUUCAACUUCAGUGGGACAGGCUUCAAUCCUGCGCCUUCCCUGGAAACCCCACAAUCCGGGCUGUCUUUCACCCCAGCAGGAUCGCCACCCCAGGAAGAUACCUCUGCACAAGAGGCUGAGGCACAAAAGGCUGAACAAGAGCGGCGUGAAGCAGCCGAGAGACAACGUCAAGAGGAUGAAGCACGAAAACGCGUACAAGAAGCGCAGCAGGCAAAGCAAGCAAAAGAGGAGGAGCGAAGGAGAGAGGCGGCGGCAGUGGCAGAACGACAACGAAAAGAGCAAGAGGAACGAGAGCGCAGAGCACGCGAAGAACAAGAGCAGUUGGCUCGGCAAGCGAGAGAACGACAAGCACAAGAAGAGGAGGCUCGCGCAAGACGGAAACGGGAGACAGACUCCGCAUGGCUCGCACUUACGUCCGACAUCACAUUUGACUCUCAGGAGGGGCUGCUGAUGCAGUUCAUUGAAAAUGCGGUUAUUAACAUUUCGAACGAAGCAGCACAGUCGGUGGAGAUGGAGAGGAGAGUGGCGUAUGUGGAUCGCAAGUACGAACAAUAUCUGGUGGAAUUGAAACGGGCGGGCUUAGCCAAGAUAAUGGCAGCGGUACAAAAGAAGAAGCGAAUGCAGAAGGCGCGGGAGCGGAGGAGACGCUUGAAGGAGCAGCGUGCUCGGAAGACGUCAACGGAAGAGGGGGGACCUGGAGAUGCAUCCGUCGCCUUGCAGAGCAUCAUGCCGAACGGCAAUGCAGCGCCCACUCAUCAACCAGAUGGGUUUGCGGUAUUGCAGCGACGGGCCUCGAACGCUCGACGUGCUAAGCGUACUGAAGAACGACGAAAAGUGCAGUCUUCCGAGGGGAAAACAACAACACCGAGCGCAAGCCCUAACAAAGUGCAUACUAAGACAACAGGUAACACUUAUCAUGUUCCACUAAACACAAGCACAAACAAGAGCAACGCUUCUGGACUCGCCUACUCGCAGGCUUAUCAUCAGGCUGCAGCGACGGCACCUGUAGACCGAACUGAGACGGACUGGUUCAAGCUCCGAGCUAUGGGCAUCGAUCCCAGUAAACACCGCAAACGAAGUUUUGACUUUACCUCUUCCGACGAAGACAAGCCAAAGCAGAUUGAGCCUAAGCGCCCUAGAUUGUCACCGGCCUCUUCUAUGAUAGAUCAUCAAACGCCGCCUACACCUGGGACUAUGGAGGAAGAGCAGCGUGGUCGCGCUGAAGCCAUCAGGCAAUCUUUCAAGAGAUCAAGAUCUACCAUAUCGCCAUCUCAGUCGAUCAGCGGGGUCUUCUCUUUCGAUGGCCAAUCCUCAUACAAUGACUCGUCUAGCAGUUUGAUCGAGAGGGCUCGAAGGAUGAUAGACAGAGCCAAGGCUGAAAUGCCACCGCCUUCACACACCAUUGGCGCAAUGUCAUAUUACGGCGCUGGGUCUUUUGAUGGGAAUGCUAGCCAGCUUAUUGCACGCGCCAAGGGACUCGUACCACGACAUGACACGGCAAGGGUAGAACAUGACUGGAGUCGCAGCGUGCCCAAUCUUGGCUUCUCAGCUUCUCAAGGCCAGCAGUCCAUGUAUGGUCGCGGUAGCUUCAGCAGUACAUUAUCGACCAAGGAUCGUCCAGCAUACUGGGGGCGCACAAGCCGGUUCGUGCCUCGCCAUCUCUAUGGCCAGGGACCAGAAGCUGUUCGCGCAUAUCGGGCGCAGCAGGGUCUUAGCAGGUCACCUUCAAGCACACGACCUGCUAGCACAGAACCCCUGAACCUCUCAUCUCCAAUCCCUACACAACAAUCAUAUGUCCAGUACGCACAAGCUCAGAAGUACACCCAAGAGCAAUAUAGCGAGACAGAGAAGGCUAGUAGCGUAGACGUCAUAGACGCCGAUGCAGAAGAUUCGAAUGCCGUCAUGACCGAUGACGAAUUCAUCCAAGACCAGCAGCGCAAUGGCGCCACGGCCUCGUAUCCCGUCACUCAGUUUCCUCCCGCCCAACUCCAUCAAGACUACGACGAAGACGCAGAUUCUGAGAUGCUGGACGAGGACGAUGAUGAGGACGAUGAACUACUUGACUACGACGAGUACGAAGAGGAUGGCGAAGAGGAUGAGGUGCUGGAAAGUUACGAUGAAGAGGGAGAGGAAGAUGAGUCUGCGGAAGACGAGGAUGAAGGAGGCGAAAACACCAUGAAGCCCGGAGCAACCGAAGACGACGCCAUUGAGCUCUCCGACUAACCAUUUCAUCCAUGAGACACCUGUACUAUAUACAUAUCAAGGGGAGAGAGUGCGGUUCCACAAGCAUAGCGACGGCGUUUUUUUUCUAGUUUCGAUUGUUACGCUGAGGGGUUUUUUUUUCGCUUUACGGACAGCAAGGCAAAAUGCGU